ACUUGACGUGAUCAUCCUUGUUAUCGCGAGAAAAUCUGUCACGGGCUUCCGGUUGAAGGAGAGCGCACUGUUGUUCUUUUGAGCACCCGUUCUUGCCGAAUUUACCGAGUUUGGACUUGAAUGAUUACGGUUUUUAUCUGUCAAGAACAUAUAUACCGAGAUGUCGGACGACUUAAUGAAACAGUUAAGCAGCUACAAAGCCCAGCUACAGCAAGUAGAAGUUGCUCUAUCCACUGACCCUGAUAAUGAAGAUCUCCUUAAACUCCAGAAAGACUUACAGGAAGUUAUCGAUUUGACGAAAGACCUCCUGACCUCACAGCCCACUGAAGGUGCUUCUACUACCCAUGGCUCAGAAACAGUCCCUGUGAAGCUCGGAUGGAAGGUCGGGGACAAGUGUAUGGCUGUGUGGAGUCAGGAUGGACAGGUGUAUGAGGCUGAGAUUGAGGAGAUAGACCGAGAGAACAGCACUGCAGCAGUUACCUUCGCUGGAUACGGGAAUGCUGAAGUGAUCCCUCUGCAGAACCUCAAACCAGCAGAGGAAGGGAAACGUUCUGAUGAGGAUGGAAAGCCAAAGUCAAAGAAAGAGCAGAUAGCAGAGCAGAGGGAGUACAAGAAGAAGAAAGCCCAGAAGAAGGUAGCGAGGAUGAAGGAAUUGGAGCAAGAGAGGGAAGAGCAAAAGUCAAAGUGGCAACAGUUCAACAACAAAGCGUACUCAAAGAACAAGAAAGGACAGGUAAAGAGGAGUAUAUUUGCAUCCCCGGAAAGCGUAAAUGGAAAGGUUGGAGUGGGAACAUGUGGUAUUGCAGACAAGCCUAUGACCCAGUAUCACGACACGUCAAAAUACAAUGUCAGACAUCUAAUGCCACAAUGACCUCAUAUAUUGUGUAUAUAAUAAUCCACUGUACACUAGUUGUAUCGGUGUUUUCCAUUGUGUUUAUACAUGAUUUAAGUUUCUCAAGUAAAGAAAGCUUUGAAAGGAGUUGCUUGCACACCAUUGUUUGAAAAAUUGAUGUAGUUUUCUUAUAUAUUAUGUAGGCACAACAACAAAACAUCAAAAUGGAGGGUAUUUUCCCUGUAUAUGAGCAAGGUCACCUGUUGUGUAAGAACAGGAAACGUCUUUGCAGGAAUUCCAUAGAGUUUGCUGCCUGUGUCCAGUUUCCACCAAGGCCAAAUACUAAGAUGUGUACAAAGAUACAUCUCUAGAUGGGGUGUACCAUUCAGUCUGAACCCUGGUAUAUUUUGGAGGAGUCUGAACGUUUAUAAUGGUGUUCAUAUAAGAUGGCUGGUUUUUAAGUUUCCAUUUCUGUAUAUUUAACAGUGAAAUAAACAUUUUUUGUUUUUAGUUUUUUAAGUACUUGAUUUCAUCAUUUUGGCUGUUUGGACAGUUUAGUUUAAUUGUGGCUCUGUCAGGUCCUGUAGGUGGCAGUAAAGAUUUGUACAGUUAUUAUUAAAUCCAUUUCAAGAGCAGCAUGCUGCAACUGUUA